GUAUUAGUUAAACUAGCGAAUUAUCGAUAAGUUUCGGGCAUAAACAACGAUGGAACGGCGGGAGGAUGUGCUAAGACAAGCACUCGAUAAGAAUGCAUAUGAAACGGAACGUUGGCAAGCCUACAAAGCCGACAAUGAAAUUGCCAUUCAGAACUUGAGUAUGUUCGCCAAAAAUCUUUCCGUCGAGGUUAUGGUGCCAAUUGGGAAAAAGGCUUUGAUGCCGGGUGAAUUGAUACAUACAAAUGAACUGCUCGUCGGUCACUACCAAGGCUACUUUUCCGCUUGCUCAGCCCACAAGGCGCAGGAGAUAUGUCAGUAUCGAUUAAGCGUGGCCAACGAGCAUCUGAAGAAACUUCAAGUGGAGGCGGAUCUGUGGCACAACAAUUUGGAAACACCUGUACUGGAAGGUGCUGUGCCAAACUCUGAUGAAAUUGAAAUAGUGGAGGAAUACAAUGAAACAGAGCACAACAAUUGGCUCAAGGAACACAAAGAGCGCGUGCGCAAGGAAAAGCUAGAGGAACGCGCCCAACGCGAACAGCAGAAGACAGUUGCAGAUGCGCACAAUGAUGUAUUCCAAAAGCUAGAGGAACGUGAACUUCUAGAGGAACUGGGCAUAGAUCCAGAUAAUUUCAAUGAACAAACGCUCAGGGAAUUACUUCCAAAAGAUCCAGAAAUUGAUAAAACUGACUGUGAUAAAGACAAUGCAACAACUAAGACGGAUACGGAGAUAUUUGACAUGCUGGCCAAGCUGGAAGCUCAAGAGGCCAAUGAAGCAGAAAAUGUCGAUGAAGAAAUUGAACAAAAUAUGCAAAGCACGAAUGAAAUGGUACGCAAUCUAAUGAGUGGCCAAAUGCAGGUAACGCCUGCAAAGCAACGUUUGAGUGGAACCAAAAACACUUCAGAAGAAGAAGAGGAAGAUGAUGAUAAUGAUAAUGAUGAUCAGCUGGAAGAAGUGAAAUUAAUAAGACAAGAAAUGCAGCUGUUGCCCAAUGAGGAGCGAGAAGAGUUUUUACAUUCGCAAUUAGAAAUUAUUAAAGCUAAAAUGCGCAAAAUACAGAGAGUCUCCUUUAUCAGUGAUGAAUUAACACACUUAAUGAAUGUUGUUGUCUGCCUGGAAGAUGAUUUGCAGGAAAUGCUGUUCGAGCAAACGGAAACAGCGAGCACAGAUGAACUUUCGGAUGAAUCCGUUUCCACGCUCGACAAUAAAAAGCGACGCAUCUCCUUUGCGAAAGUCGAUGAACAACUGAUUUUCAAAAAGAAAGAUCCUGUUGCUGAUUUGUUAAACAAUGACAAACAACGACAGCAACGAGAAGUUAUUAAACUAGAUGCUGCUUUAGUGCAGCCAGUGCGAUCAGUGGAACCAAAAAUUGACUCUGCAAAACUUUCAAAUUCACAAAUUAUGCAAAAAGUCGAAGAGAACUUGGAGUUUGUGCAAGAGAAUCAAAGUGUUCGAGAUUUUGAUUUGGUAAAUCAGAUACUAGAGUCAACUACGGGCAGAAUUAAUACCCUACAUAUAAGCUUUCAUCAUUCCGAAGCGCUCCCAGCUGCUGUAAAUGAAUCUGAUAAUAUUUCAACGCCAGGCAACCCGGCCCAAUUGUAUGACCUCUAUAAAAGACAGCAGGAAAAGAACUCCUUUCCAAUUUAUGUCAACGGCUAUGAGGGCGAGGAGGAGCUAAAGGUGCCUAUCAUCAAGGAGGAGGAGCGUGCAGCUGCCUAUGAUGAUCCACGCAAGCAGUUCAACAAGCCAUUGGCAGAGUCCGCCAUUACGGAAGUCACAUCAGGCGACAUGGAAACGAAAUCUAUAUUGCGCAACAAGUCGGCUGUGGAACGUGAAGUGCGUGCUGCAACUGAGCAGCCCAAACAAAUUCCAGAGCCAACAAACAGCAACAAAUCCAAAAAGAAUAAGAAUCGAAAGGGAAAAAGGGAAAGAACCAUCGAUGAUGAUCUGCGGGACAUGAGUGCCUAUCAGAAGGUCAUGCAGGAUCUGGUUGAGAAGGAGCCAACGAUGACGCCCGAGCCAUUGCCCAAAGGCAAAUUUAUAGAUGCACAUACGCCCAAAAAGCGAAUUAGCCGCUUCAAAGAGCAACGCUCCAUUAAUAAAACAUAGUUUUAUAAAUGUGGGUGAGAUAUGUACAUUUAUUUAUUUUGUGUGAAUAAACAAAACGAUAUUAUGAACUUAUGUACAAUCAAAUAUUUGUUUAUGCUGUAUUACACACACUCACUCACACACACACAUGCAUGUAUGCAUACAUACGAUUUGUUAUUAAAUUAAACUCUAUUUACUAAAUCCGUUUCAACGGAAUUUAUUUUUAAAACAUUUACAUUUUUGUUGCAAUUACUUACAAUGAGAUAUUAUUUCGAUUUUACAAUUUAAAUCAGCGCUUCAUACAUAUACUUGAUUAUAUAUAUGUGUGUGUGAAUAAUUAUAAUUAAAUGUGUGUGUAUUUAAACGUAGAAACAUAUUAACUACUAAUACAUACAGUACGCAAAUCUGUUUCUUAUGUAGAAUCUCCUUAAAAUUUCGUUCUCUCUCUCUCUAAA